CCUUUUACAAACGCCAUUUUAACAUAGGGCUUGUAGUAUCAUUUACGUAAAUUAUGUAGCCGCAGUGUGUUAAAUAAUGACUAAUAUAGUGCUAUGGGUGUUUUUUGGUACAUUUGUAUUCCCUUUUAAUUAUUGUUCAGGAGAUGAGGCGGUCUCCAUUUAUCUGAUUGUAAAAAAUGCCACAACAACAACGAACGCGAAUACGAUUGAGUCGAACGUCACAGAGAAACACAUCGAAAUCCAGAAAGGCGAUGUAAUUUACUUCAAUGUCACGAGUCAACUACUUAUAAAUUUCAAAUUGUGCAUUUUCUAUGAUAGUUAUGGAGAUACAACAAUUAAGCAGAUAACAAGCCCGAACAUUAAGCAAAAUAAUGGAUUCCAUAAAUACAACUUUGAGUUAUACGUAAGGAAAUCUGGAAAUUGGUUGUGUAAAUUCUACAUGCAUAAAGAUACAGGAGUUAUACAGCCUGUGGAAGUAUUUGAGAAUACUACUUACACUGUAGCAAGAUGCAAUAUUACGAUAUCAAUAUACGAACCCUUGAUCCAGAGUGUGAAAAGCAUGCUCAUUGGCGUUGGUAUUGGGCUCAGUUGGCUCAUUAUACCCAUUAUAGUGAGCAUCGUGUAUUGCAUCAAGCGUAGAGCCAACCCCGUGCACGAUCUAAAGAGCCUAUCUGUCAUGCAGCGACCCAAACAAGAUAGAGCUCGAUACAGUGGAGCUCCUCUCAAAAAACCUCUGAUAACUAUGGAACUCACAGAAAGGGAAAGCGGUAUAUACGAAGCAUUAGACGCUAUACAAGAUGCAGCAAACACAAUGAAUAAUGCUAAUGAUAUUCCAGCCACGGCGAGUAACACAAAUGGUUUAAAAGAAACUGAUAAAACGGCUAAACCGAAAGAAAAAUACAAAUUAA